AUGUCUCGCGAGGAACUCAUUGUGCUUAAACAAUACAUACAGGACAAUCUCCAAAAAGGCUUUAUUCAGGCCAGCUCCUCACCUGCCGGUGCCCCUGUCCUAUUUGUUAAAAAGGCUGAUGGAACACUCCGCCUCUGUGUCGAUUAUUGUGGCCUCAACCAACUCACUGUCACAAACCGCUAUCCGCUGCCACUCAUCCGGGAAACUCUCGACCGCCUUUCCAAAGCCAAGUGGUAA